GCCGCUAGAGGCAGCAGCGCCAAGCACCCAGUUUUGCUGCUACUGCUGCGAUUCCCACUUCCUCAUCAUUGCAAAAGCAACUUGAGCGCUCAGCAAGCGCUCUGCUGAGACGUUCACAAAGUCCGUAGCUCUUCGUCCGCGCUGCCUCUCCGGAAAGCCUGCGCUUGGCGGGCUACGUAGAUCGACAGGGAGCAAGCAGCCCAGCACUAGAUUGACGGCCAGGAGGACUUUGCUUCCAACUUCUGCACAGCGAUGUCCAAGCCGCCACCUAAACCAGCCAAGCCAGGACAAGUCAAAGUUUUUAGAGCCCUGUAUACAUUUGAACCCAGAACUCCAGAUGAGCUGUAUUUUGAAGAAGGGGAUGUUAUCUACAUUUCGGAUAUGAGUGACACAAAUUGGUGGAAGGGAACCUGUAAAGGAAGAACUGGACUAAUCCCCAGCAACUAUGUGGCUGAGCAAGCAGAAUCCAUUGACAACCCACUACAUGAAGCUGCUAAGAGAGGAAACCUGAGCUGGUUGAGGGAAUGUUUGGAUAACAGAGUUGGUGUCAAUGGUUUAGACAAAGCUGGAAGCACAGCCUUGUACUGGGCAUGCCACGGUGGACACAAAGAUAUAGUGGAAGUGUUGUUGACGCAACCAAAUGUAGAACUAAACCAACAGAACAAACUGGGAGACACAGCUUUGCAUGCUGCUGCAUGGAAGGGUUAUGCAGAUAUUGUAGAAACACUGCUGGCAAAAGGUGCUAGAACAGAUUUAAGAAAUAAUGAGAAGAAAUUGGCUCUGGACAUGGCUACUAAUGCAGCGUGUGCUUCCCUGCUUAAAAAGAAACAAGGGCAAGACAUAAUGCGAACAUUAAGCAAUGCGGAGGAAUAUCUUGAUGAAGAAGACUCCGAUUGAACUGCGUUAAUACUGUCUAAAAACUUCCUGCUUCACAUGCCUCAACCUUUCUCAAAUCCUUUCUCUGACUACAAAAAGUGCACUUUUCAUAUGCACACAGUAAUGAAAUAUCCUUUCCACAGGGUCAAAAUCUGCCUCCUUCCCCAGUAUUAAGGUCCAUAAAAGGUCUAGUUGCUUUUAAAUCGUGUAUGAUGGGUAUUCCCAUCAGUUCCCAUCACACUGGAAAGAGUCUUGUCUUCUUUAAAAAGGGGAUAAUAUCUGGGAUACACCAUCAUAAGCCUUGAUGCAGGGCAGCCAUUUUUAAUGUUAUGCCAUAAAAGUUAUAUUUUAUUUUAGAGAGAGAAACAUCUCAGGGGUUGUUUUUUCCCCCAUAGCAUAUAUUCACCUGUGUGUAUGUGAAUUGUGUGUCUGUGUCUGUGUACAUAUAUACAUCUACAUACAAUAUAUAUACACACAUGGGUAUUUAUAUAUGUUUGUGUCUAAGCUGGUUCCAUGCAUGUGCACUGGGAGCCCAAACUCAAGGCAGGGAAGGAAAAUAUUUUAUGUUGGGAACAUACCCUUAAGCGGACUGGAGUUGAAUAGAUAUUCCAGUUUCCCACAAACUGGCUCUGGACAUGACUGUUGUAUGCAUAUUUUCUGUUGUUGCCUGGGCUCCUGCUGGGAGGAAGGGUGGGAUAUAAAUCAAAUAAUAAAUUAAGUAAAUAAAUAAAUUAACCACAGCAGUAGAUUGCAAAUCUAGUCUUGAGCAGAUACAGGGAGUGAGUAGCACUGAAUGAGAGAAGGGAGCUAGACCUGCUGCAUUAGCCAACGCAGGAAGCCCCAAAUCCCUCUGUUGGCCACUCCACCAUGCUUAGAGGAUCCCUUUGGAAUGACUGUAGGGGAAAACAAAACUCUGAAACAAAGAAUGUUCCAUCUAAGCCCAACUCCAUCCCCUGCUGCAGUCACACUGAGUGAAGGAUAGCAUCUCUUUUCCUCUGAAAUGACUGAGAGUGCAGGAUAGAUUUCUCCCACGACUCAUCUCUCUCUCUCCCCCUGCCAUUCCCUGUCCCCAUGAACUUUUAAAAUUCCUGCUAUAUGCAGGGGUGUGUGUAUGAUUUUAAAAUUUGCAUUUUACUGGAUGGGAGAUGAUGUUAUCUCGCCCAUUAAUCUUGACUUCCCUGUUUUAUGGCUCAUUUCUAAGGACUUAGGCAGUAUUCCUCUUAAAGUAAGAACUUAGGCCAUCUUCAUGUGCACGCACAUAACUGUAUUAUAAUCAGCAGCCAUGCUAACCAGCUGUUGAGAGGAAAGUGGAAUGAGGUAAGGACUUUAUAUUCAUAUAUCCAGCCCCUUGUUUCCUUUUCCUACAAACGCUUUCUGCACACAGCCCCAGCAGCUGUUUCAAGAGAAGAUGCACAAGUUUUCAUUCACAAGGUUCCACAUCCCAUGAGGCAUAAGUGUACAGAAGCCAGCUUCGGUAUUGGGUUUGCCACCCAGUCCAAUCAGGGAAUUUAUAUAGAGAAGGAACUGAUUCUCUUACUCAAAAGGAUUGCAUUGUGCUUUUCAUAUCUGUAGCAUGGAAGCGGGGAGUGCUUUUCUCACUUUAUGCUCCUUGGCUUCUUUUUCUCUGUCAAAAAUUCUUGUUCUUUUUAUAUGUAUGUGUGUGUGUGUUUCCCCCUAAAGUAUUUCACCUCAACACCUGAUGCAUUUCUAGAAUCAUUUAUUGGUGGUAAACCAGAAACCAAAAGUAUCUUCAGAAAUAAUAUUGAAUAAAUAUUUUAAAUGCUUUGAAA